CUUCCCUUUGCCCAUCAAGCAUGCCGCCUCGGCCCGACCCUGACAUCUACGCCACCGUCGUCCGCAGCGACGGCACAUCAAUGUCGGGACAGGAGCCCGAAUCCCCUGGUGAUAGGCUCAACAUGAACGACGCGCCGAACGCGACGCUCAUCGAAGACAAGGGCCAAUCCGCACGUGGCAAAUUCUACCGACCCGACAUUGACGGUCUCCGAACCGUCGCGAUCGUACCGGUCUUGCUCUUCCACGCGUACCCCGAGACGUUUACGAGUGGCUUUGUCGGCGUCGACGUCUUCUUUGUCAUCUCGGGUUUCCUCAUCUCUGGCAUCCUCUUCAAGGAAAUGACGCGCGGCUCGUUUUCGUACAAGAGCUUUUACAGCCGCCGCAUUCGCCGCAUCUUCCCGACGCUGCUCGCCGUCCUCUCGGCCACGUGGUGGCUUGGCGCCUUGUACUUGCUGGCCGCGCCGCUCAAGCGCCUCGCUGCCACAAUGCUCGCGGGCUCGCUCUUCAGCGCCAACCUCCAAGUGCUCUCGCUGGACAUGGGCUACUUUGACGACAGCGUCCAGACCAACCCGCUUCUGCACCUCUGGUCGCUGGGCGUCGAGGAGCAGUUUUACAUCUUUUGGCCGUUCGUGGCCAAGGUCGUGGCCUCGCUCGACGUCCGUCGCGCGCUAUCGCUGCAAGUUGGUCUCGCCGCGCUGAGCUUUGGCCUCAAUCUCGCGUUCCUCGGUUUCCGCGGCUCCAACAAGUAUGCGUUCUACAUGCCGCUGUGUCGGUUCUGGCAAAUGGCUGUCGGGGGACUCGUCGCGUACGUCAGCGCGCCGCCAACGACCUCGAUGGAUCCGCUGGUCACGCGUGCCUCGGACAUGCUGCGCACGCACGCGCGGUCGCUCACGGUUGCGGCCAUGUUGCUGCUGACGGUGGCGUUUCUGGCGCUCGACGAGGCGAGUGCGUUCCCGGGGGCCUGGGCUCUCCUGCCGACCAUCGCAGCCGCGCUUCUCAUCGGUGUCGGUCCCACGACGUCACUUCACACGCACGUCUUGAGCGCAUCGCCCAUGAUCCUUGUCGGCAAGCUCAGCUACGCCUUGUACCUCUGGCAUUGGCCGCUUCUCGUGUUUGCCAAGGCGCGGUAUCCGAACGCCGACACGCGACCGCUGUACAUGGCGCCGGGCGCGAUGCUUCUUGUGUCGUUGGUGCUAGCGUGGGUCUCGUACACGUCGAUCGAGGCGCCGUUGCGGUCGCAUCGAUCCAAGAAGGUGGUGGUCGGCUUGGGUCUGGCGAUGCUGGCCAUGACGCUACUGGCCGCGUGCACGUAUGCGAUGCCGGCGCGCGUGUCGAUGACGCAGAUCGAGCUGGACGCCAUGUUGGAAGAAGAAAACGCAGCGGUGACGACGUCGCGUGGUGACACAACGUCGAGCGGUGCGGGUGUCAACGCGUCGGCGGAGUGGACGCAAGUGAAGGCGACGACAGUGACACCCGUGAACGUCUCGUCGACGACGGCACCGGCAGUGGUCGCAACGGCUACGACGGCAGGCAAGCCAUCGGUACCCGUGAACGCCCCCGUUGUCACCACGACCGUCGUUGCUGCCUCGACAGCAGCUACCAAGAGUCAAAAGAAGACACUCAACUCGAGUCGGGGUCCGCGGUUGUCGCCACCGACGUACCUCAAGAUCAUGGCCGCCAAAGACGACUGGCAUCCCAACGUCGGGUACACACCGAUGCCAGCGAGCUACCCCCUCGCACCAACGUCCCUGGACGCCAUGGUCCUCAACGAUGGUCACUUGGAGAACACACUCGUGGUCAUUGGUGACUCGCACGCCGACAUGUGCAAGCCGCGGUUUGCGCAGCUCCUCGCCGAGCGCGGCCCGAGCCAGUUUCCGACCAUCUUGUACAAGUCGUGGAACGGCACACCGGUGCUGUCAUGUAACCCCGACGUGUAUACGCCCAACUUGCGCAUCGUUCAGACGCUCAAGCCCAAGGCACUCUUGCACGUUGCGCACUGGUACCAGUACUUGCAAUGGAAGGGCGACCCCAACGCACCGGCCCACGCGACGCCCCCGUGCUGUGCAGCGGACAAGCUUGACACGUGCAAAACGAUACAGAACCACGCCGACGUCCGCGCCAUCAUCGCUACCUUCCAGCAGGACUUGACGGAGAUCACGCGUCUUGGCGUCAAGGUCUUUGUUGCGACCAUGUCGCCGGCAGGGGACGCCUUUGACUUCAACCACAUGCUCAAAGGCAACAGCGUCGGUGCUGUCGGUCCCGUGAGCCGACGUGCGUUCCGCGCCUCUCAGCAGCCGCUGCUCGGGAUGAUCGAAGACGCCGUCGUGGCCGCCAACGCGACGCUGAUCGAUUUUUCUGACAACCAGUGCGAUGGCGACGUCUGCGAGGUGCUCGACCCCUACGGAAACCCGAUCAUGAAGGAUCUGCACCACUUUCGACCAGCAUAUGCACGCAAGUACCUCGGUGUCCUUGACCAAGUCGUGGAUGCGGCGAUGAGAUAAUGCUAGUUCUGAUGCUACGGGUCCAAAUGUUCAAGACACAUAAGAAGACUAUAUAUUUACUGCAUACUAGUAUAGUCGAGCUGCAUAACCUUGCUACCACGUUCCAUAUGA